UAAAGCUUUGGAGGUUCACAGCAAGGUAUAUAAAUCAGCUCGGUUCAACUGGAUCUACCACAGAUUCGGUUGUUUAGUUGAGGAACAGUAGCACUGCUAAAAAUGACGCGGGUUUUGGUUCUUCUCGCUCUUGUAGCAGUGGCUGGUUUUGUCACCUUUGCCAACGCCAAGCCAGGGAAAGUGAUAACACCCAGAGGAGGACAUGUUCCCCUGUCAAAGCACGAGCAGAAGAAACAACCGAAAUUCCAGAUCCAUCAUAAGCACCGUGCGCCUGCUACCCUUCCCAAAUCAUUUGACGCUCGCAAAAAAUGGCCGCAGUGCAAGAGUAUCCUGGAUAUCCGAGAUCAAGGCCAGUGCGGCACUUGCUGGGCCGUUUCAUCUGCCAGCGUUCUAUCUGACCGUCUUUGUAUCGCCGAACUGACAGCCGGCAAGACACCAUCCCAAAUCUACGUUUCCGCUUUGGAUUUGGCCACGUGCAAAGACCUUACCCGCACUCCUGAUGAGAAUUGUGAGGUGGGAGGAGCCACAGAAAACGCAUACAAAUGGGCUACUCUGACUGGUUACAUGACCGGUGGCAAUCUUAACAGCAAAGUCGGCUGUAAACCAUAUCCAGUUGGCAAUGACGGUCCUAUGCCACUAUCGUGCUCGGACAGCUGCACCAACAGUGACUACGACAAAACUCCACAAGACGAUACCGCAUACGUUGACAGUUACUGGACCAGCUACCUUGGAGACAACCCAACGUCGGCCAAGAUCCAGGACAACGUCAACAAAAUGCAGCAAGACCUGUAUGCCAACGGCCCCAUUACCGCUUCCAUCCGAAUUUGGAGCGAUUGGAGCGGUUGGAAAACGUCAAGCGGUGCCUACCGUGGGCCUAGUCCGACCGCGAAGAAGCAAGAAGGUCACGCUGUUCGUAUCAUUGGGUGGGACGUCGAUGCGAAUGGCAUUAAAUACUGGCUAAUUGCCAAUUCCUGGGGUGUCGGUGAUCAGUGGAAUUCCCGUGGUGACAAGGGUGUCUACUGGAUAGAAAUGGGCAAGAACGUUGUUGGCAUCGAAGGCUCUCCGACAGCUCCCGUAAUUGUCAUGCCGAACAACUGCGGUGCAUUCUGCAGUUCGCCCAUCACCCAGAUCGUCCGCAUGGAUUCCACUGACCUGAAUUCGAACAGCUAUGCCUUCCAGGGUAACUGCGUCACCCAGGUGACCGUUGGCGGCGAUGGCACCAUCACCACAACUGGAUCGCCGCAGCCAAUUAGCAAACUCUUUGUGGGCGGCCCCGCUGGACCAAUUACCAGCUGGAUGGGUGGCAAUGGUCCCAGCGAUCCUCUUUGGAUCAUCAAUCCCAGUGGCGAGGCUGGCUCUUGUUCGCCUCCAGCGAGUGGAUCCACUAAAGUUUCCUGCACCGGAGGCACUGCUACAUCUGGCGCAUCUGCUCAAACAUAUGUUGGCUCAGACAAGAUUGUUUUCUAUAACGAUCAGAAGGACUGGCUUUUUACAUUUAAGAGCGGAAGCACUAGCGGCAGUGGUGCGCCGAUUGAUGACGCCAUCAGCAGCAAGUUCAGCCAAGUGAACGCUCUAUACAACAUCGACAAUUCGCAGGUGUUGAUCUGCGGGUUGGAUACGAGCGGAACGUCGGCUUGCGCCACCAUGCAGAUGUCCGAUAAUACGGUCAGCGAUCCCAAACCGUUGAACAGUAUGGUCAGCAACUGCUAAACGAUUCGUUUGGAUUUCAACUCUUGCGAAUGGGUUGCCUCACAUUCGGUCAUCAGAAGAACACUUUGUUGGAUUUCGCUUUUUUUAAACCUUGCUCGCGCUGAAUGUUGAUACGUAACUAAAAGCUGAUAUGGUUUCGGGUUGGUGUUUUUAUGUUUAUGAGUUAAAGCGCAUUUUGACAAGCUACGCUACUUUCGGUUGAAAAAUUUGAUAAAAUAAAAUAAUUGUUUGAAGUGGGUGUGCAAAAAUCUGUUCUCCUUAACUCAAACUAUGGCGGAAUUAAAGCAAACUGAAAAA